CACACACACUGUGUGUUGUGUAUGAACUGAUCAUACUGCAGAGGCCAGUGGUGAUGGAGAGGGGGAGAGUAUAGAGAAGGAUAUGAAGGAAACAGUGGUAUGGCAGGAAACUGAGGAGGAAAACAUGAAGGAUGGAGACUUGUACAGGAGCGGGCGUUCUUGCAUUGAUGCAUAAGUCGGCUCUACCCUUCUCUGGUCUGACUCAUCUUCCACGCUGGUGCAGUCUGCCUGUGUGCAUUUUCCAGCACACACACACACGUGCGUGCAGGCGCUGACACGUUAACAGAGGGAGCUCCGCCUCCUCUGCAGUGUAGCGACAGCUAGAGAGGGGCAGCAAUGGAGGAGCCAGCAGUGCAGCAGGAAAAAAUAGAGGGAUCGUGGGAAGGAGGGCAUGAUGAAGGAAAAGCAGACUGGAAGAACGAAUGCUCUCUCUCAUCCCUCCUUAAACAUUCCUGUCUACUUUGCUGGUCAUCUCCCAGGGACGCCGACAUCAUGGAGACUGAUGAGAGAAUCCUUGCCAAGACGGCCGAGAUCAGAGUAAGAAGACCACAGCACCUAGCACUGGAGCUGGAGAGCGCAGUGGCAGUGGAAAACUUGGAACUUCAGGAGCAGAGGUCAGACCGCAAAGAGCUGGAGGAGACCCUAGUUAAAUUAGAGAAACACAAAGAGAAACUGAUACAGCAAAUAAAGGGAACCAGACAGCUCUGCUAUGAAGAAAGUCAGCAGAUCCUAUCUCUGCAGGCAGAGGAGGCACAGAAGGAGAGCCAAGUGGAGGAGUAUGAGAGGGAGCUUUCCAGAGCCAGAUGGAGGCUGAGGAAGCUAAGAGAAGAGGUGAAACAGGCCAAGAGGAAAGUGGAAGAGGCUGGAGAGCGGAACAGUCCUCUACAAGACUCGAUCAGACAGUCUUAUGAAGAGAUCCUGCAGGAGGAGCACACCCUGUACUCUCUGUCAGGAGGUGCAGUCACUCCAGAAAGCCAUCUGGAUGAAUCAACAUCUCCUGCAGACACCACUGAAGAUAAUCUGCCGUCUCUGAGGCCAUGGGGAAGGAGCCAAUCACUGCCUGCCUAUGCUGACCUCAUAAUGGGGGGCAGUGGUUCACCUUUCUGCAAUAAUCUAGUCGGUACCAGAGAAGAAGAUGACAGUGGGACCAGCUCACCAAAGAUGGAUAGGUCUGACAUAGAGGAUGGCCUGGAGGAAGGGGACCUCAACGCCGAAGGGGAAAACGAAAGAGACCAGGAAGAGUUCACUACGAACCCCAACCCCCUCAGCCAGCUGGACUUCUACCAAGCCAACCCCUUCGCCCGCUGUCAAUGUGACCAUGACCUCUUCAAUGAAGACCUAUUCCUUAAAACAGACUCAUCUGAUGGCUUUGGUUCUGACCCUUUCAAAGGCAGCGACCCCUUCGCAGCAGAUAUUUUGUUUCCGUUGACGAAUACUGCCACUGGUGAGAGCACAGGAAAUGCCGGUGACGAAGCAGACACCAGUCUGUCUUGUGUUGAAAACAAAGCUUCAACGGGAACUCAGUGCUUUGAGUCAGAAUUCCCAGAUGAAGACAGUGACAUAGAGAUUAGCUACAGUCGAGAGGACCUGGACACCAUUGCUAUGGAAGAUGAUUCUCAUGGAUUUAAACCCAUUCAGAGUUCGUCAGAGGAGCUGGGGCCAGAGCCUAUCCGAGGGUGGCGUUCCCAGGGACAGUAUUCUGUAGAAUCUGACCCUAAUGGGUAUGAGCUCGAUCUUGGUGCUGUCUCCCCGCCCUCCGACAUAGAAGAACAUAGUCUGGGAUCUCUGGCUGGAGAGGCUAUUACUCAGUCAUCAGCAGGAUUAGAGCAAGGUGAGUGUCUUGGUUUGACUCAAGCUGUUGGCGAACCUGUCCUGUUGGAGCCAGGUUGGACAGGCAACAGAGAGGAAACGUUGCCCUGUGAUGUCACUUACAGUCAGCAAACAGAACAGGUUAGGAACAUCAAAGAAGAAAUCCAAAUCCCUGCUGUUCCACAGAACUCACUAGAGUCCCAGAACAUUUUCACUCAGCCUGACUCACAUCAGAACAGCCUUGAGUUGAACUAUGAACCAACCAGUCAGUCUUCCUUUGACCCAUAUGGCUUUAAACUCAGCCCAGAGCAUUCUAGUCACACUCUUUUAGACCCUGAUGAAGAUGAGUUGAGUCCAGAACCUGCUGAUGAUGAUCUGACCUUUGACCCUGAACCCUGCUCUUCUCAACAUCAGCUGAACUUUGAUGCCUAUGGGUUUGACAUUACCUCCUCCCAGAUGACACGGGACUUUGACCCUUAUGGCUUUAAGCUGAGCCCUCAAGAAGAGAACCAGGAAGUAUUGGAUCCCUGUGGCCAUGACAACCAGGAUGCAAUAGACCGUUGUACCAAUGACAACAAUGAGCAAAGAAAGCUCUCAAGCUAUAAUAACCCAGAAAUACUGAAACCUCAUACCCAUGAAAACCAAGAAGUGCUUGAAAAUGAUAGCCACAAUAACCAGGAAUUUCUAGAUUUGUGUAAUAAUGGAAACCAAGAAGUGCUGGAACCAUCUAGCCUCGAAAACAGGGAGGUGGUUAACCAUAAAAACCAAGUCCUGGAACUCUGUAGUCACAACAAUCAAGAAGUUGUGGACCUUUGUCGGAAUAAUAGCAGUGAGCAAUUACUUGAACCUUGUGACUGUCAUAACCAAGAAGUGCUGGAACCUCACAGCUUUGGCAGUCAGGAUGUCCUGGACUUCUCCUAUCCUAAAAAUCAGGAAGUGUUAGAUUUAGAUAGCCAUGGUAACCAGGAAGUUUUGGAUUUUAAUAGCAAGGAAAACCAGGGCGUUCUAGUUUCAGGUAGCUACAAUAAGCAGGAACUUCAGGAAAAUCAGGAGUUACCUGACCAGGAGGGGUUGGACUUGUUGAGUACAGACAUUUUGCCUGAAGCAAACAACAUCCAGUGCAUUCUGGAACCAGAACAGGAUGGCAGUUCUGUUAAUGACAGCUCAGAUAGUGAUGUGGCAUCCGAAAAUAUGCUGGGACUGCAGCUCAGUAACCCCAGUGUCUGCACCUCGAAUACCACAAAUACUAGUACUUUAAACAUGGCCAUCAGUGGCAUGUCUGCCAGCCAGGACCUUAAUUCGUCUGCUGCCCUGAUCCACCACAACCUUUUAGAAGGUGAUCUCGGUUCAGUGUUUGGGGCUGGAGGAUACAUUGGAUGUCCUGAUGUAGCUGAUGACCUAGAGCCAUUGCAGAGAAGGCAGACAAACCCAGUACCAGAGCCAGUACGACCAGUUAGGCCUCCUCGACCAUCUCUCAGGGCCAAGGACAAGGCCCAGUCCCAGACUCAGGUCAUCGAUUUAAAGUGAUCUCUCACCAUGAAACAUUCAAGUGAGGUUUACUGUGUCAGCACGGUUCCUGUGAUGACAACAAGGCAAGAAGUGAAGAUGAUAAGGAAUAAAGUACGACAAAGGGAAAUGCAGUGGAGGAAAAAUGACUAAAGAGCCCAUUCUGGUGUUAAUUAUCACAGUAAAUUAGUUCAGGUUAAUCAGAGGAGAAACAAUGGAAGGCAAGAUGAAAAAACUACCAGGAACCAAAUGAUAAAAAAGAUUUCCUGAUUAUUAUAUUAAGAAACAUGAUUUUAUCCAGUUUUUUUAUUUACAUCUGUCAAGGUUGCAAACGACUGUCUGACCUACUAUCUUGUCUUUUUAUGAUUUGAUGAACUGAAGAAGGUUUUGACGGACCUGACUGGUCUGAAGUGCAAAUAAUGUCCAUGUUUGUGAUGUGACAUACAGUAAAUAUUAGGAGGACAUAGGUUACAAGACUUCAAAUAGAUAAACUGUAUAUAAAUGAUGCAAUGUAAUCUGCUGUUGUGGUUUUGAGAUUAUCUAUCCAAUUAGUAGUUUAGAUCUAAGUUGCAUAUGAACUGUAGAGAGUUUAUAGUCGGAUUUACCAAUGAGCGCAUAUCCACGCUCACAACAGUGUUUUCACACGUCAUUUAAGAGGCUCCUUAAAGAGAAGCAGUGGCUCACUGCCAUUCUAGGCUGGAUUCUUCAGUUUCACCAGUGACAAAGCACGACUGAUGGCUGUGGUCAGGUGUGUGCUUUGUUACAUGUGUAGCACGCUCAGUAGUGGUGCGAUGCCACCCAUGUUUAUAAUUGGACUGUAACUGAAAAGAUGGCCACUUCAUUCUUUGUUCCAAUUUCAUACUGCACACUAAUGCUGAAAAUAAAAACUAUGCAGGGAUUUUGGUUGUGUACUGUUAGUUAGGUAGUUACAGACGUAACUACCUAACUAACAGCGCAGGCUGCCAAUUCUUUCUUUUGUUUGGUAGCAACAAAUAAAAAAGCAGCAAAGCUGUGUCCACCCAGGAAAUGUGGGUGUGGUUUGGUGAGCAAUGAAAGUCAGCGACAUUGUCUGACUUCAAGUGGCGAUGGGCAAAAAGCCCAGGAUGAACUUUUCUCAUGUUGGAGGCCACUGGAGUGACUGACAUUUGUAAAUGCAUGAGGUCACCUAGGCAACCACAGCCUGGAGCGUCUACUAGUGAUCAAAGCGAUGCAUGCGGGGAGCGCUGGGGUGGGGACACAACACCAAAAGACAGAUAGUUACAUCUGAGUGGAAGACUAUUGCCUUCUACCGUUGUCAUCAGUAGUAAGCUCUUGUAUUUUUGUCUCUCCCUCGUAAUGUAAUUAAUUUUACUACUGCUGAUAUUUAAAGACACCAGUACAGAAGUACUGUAUGUAACUUUCAGAAAGCAGUUUUUUCUGUCCAGCAGCUUUUUAUAGCACUGCCAGUGAAACUUUAUGAAGUAAUUAAGAUGUGUUUUCAUUUGUGAAUGGCGCACACAAAGUCGAGCAGAUUUACAGUGGUAAGACAGAUCUGAGCAUUUCAUUGGUGUAAACAUCUUUGCUUAGGAAUGGUCUGAAGCGUGGAACCAGGACACAGCGAGGGUAAAUGUGGAGUGGGUCUGGCACCGGUGCCGCUGUUACGCUGCCCAUCCGGCAGUUUCUUCCACACAGGUCUGAUAAGUAGUCAGAACAAACAGUGACGCCACAGCCAGAGUACAAAGCAGAAAUCUGUGAGCUGAUCAUUUUCUGUAGGUUAAUCACUCCCAGAGACCUCUUUGACACUGUUAUAUCAUUUUCAGGUUAUAAUUAGAUAUCUAAUUAUAUGUAAAACACUGUUAUUCCUUUUGAUUGUACCCACACAAGGUCACACGCACAACUGCUUUUUAACAAGUACAUGAUAUUUACUGGUAUGGUAGCAGAGCAUCAGUGUAAAGUUCAUUAGGCAGUUCAGAAAUGGCACAUAGCGCUUUAUUCCUCUGAGCACCCGAAGCCUGUUCUACUGCAAGCGUCAUUUAACCAUUUGCACUCACAUUCACACAAGCACUUUCUUCUACACCUGAGAGCUUUUCUCUAACAGUCACAUACACAUUGAACUUGGGGUUCAGUGUUUUGCAGACUGGAGGAUGAAGUCAUCAGUCUUCCUCCUGAGCCAACCUGAAGUACAAUUCCAAAAAGUUUGCAUGCUGUGUAAAAUUUAAAUAAAACAGAAUUGGCUCGUCUUUAUUCCUGAUAGAACACAGAAAGCAUAUCAAAUGUUUAAACGGAGAAAACAUAUCAUUUUAAGAGAAAUAUGUAAUAUUUUAAUUUGAUGGCAGCAGCACAUCUCAGAAACAGGGUCAUGCUUGCCACUCUGUAGACUUUGGGAGAGGAAUGCUGUCCCAUUCUUGUCUCAUAGAGAUAUUUUUCACUUUAUGAUGCUCCACCAGCUGGUAACAGCAAGGACUCUUCUACUAUGAAGGCUUUCCAUGAAACACAUGCCAUCUGGAUGGGAGUAUAUGCUGCUCUAAAACUGCCAACUCCAGAGGCACUGAUGCACUGCCACACCAUCAGAAACGCAGGUUUUUGAACUGAGCACUGACAGCAAGUCGGAUAGUCUAGAAGACGCAGUGUCCAUGUUUUCUGAUUUCAAAUUAAAAUUUCUUCACUUUGCUUCAGUCCAUUUUAAAUGAGCUUUGGUCCAGAGAUGGUGGCACUGUGGUGUGUGUGGACAACACAGUGAGCUGUGUUCACAGACAGUGAUGCUGGAAGUGUUCCUAAGCCCACGCACUGAUUUCAUAACAGGAUCGUGUCUGCUUGAGGACCUGAAGAUCAGCUGCAUCUAAUGUUGAUUUUCAGCCUGGUCCCUCAUGCAGAGAUUUCUCCAGAUUCUCUGAAUCUUCUGAGCUUAUGACUUUGGAUGAUGAGAUAUUCACAGUCUUUGCAACUAUUUGUUGAGGAACAUUAUUCUGAAAUUGCUCUACAAUGUUGUUGAAGCACUUUUUUGCAGAUCUCUCUCUCAGAUGUUGUUUUCCCCCCAGUCCUGUUACUGACCUGUCAUCAGUUAGUCUAAUUACGUAUAAAAUGUUUCUUUUUUGUGUCACUUACUUUUUCAGCCUUUUGCCGCCCCAUCCCAGCUUCUUUGAAACAUGCUGCUGCCAUCAAAUUCAAACUGAUUGUUUUUACAUGGUAGUACAAAUAUCAUGAGUGUGAGUCUACCUUUACAUGGCACACUCAGCAGGCACUGAUUGAACCUUUCAGUUCACACAAAGCUUCAGUUCAGCCUACCUCACUCUUUUACCAUGAUUUCAUGACAGCAGCUACACCCAUUAAAAGCAAGUAUUCCAUGAGUUUCAUAUUUGUAGAUAUGUACAUGAACUCGCAUUUUCUUUUGAUUGUACAAUGGUACACAUCUUAUAGCAAAGACAUUAAAGUGAAGUCCCACAUUCCACCUGCUUCAAACGAGAUGCUUCCACUGAAUAACUAGAAUGGUUCCAUUGGAAAUGGAAGAAAACACAAGCUGGUUCACGAGUUAACAUCAAGGGUCUAAUCAUUUUAAACAGAACCAGUUAAAGAGCCAGAGCUAAUUUAAUAUAAAAGAGUCAGUGAGACCCCGAAGACCAGCCAUCGUCACCUUACCUUAUAUUCAAAGUUCUUACUUCCAGUUAAAGGAUUACUGAUGUGUCCCAAAAGUGCAUCCUGUUCAUCUGGACAUUUUCAGUGGGAGAAACUUUUUGUCACUCAUCCAGGUGACUUCUUCAGUCUCAGCUGACUGCAGGUUUCCCCAAUCUUAUAAACAGUACAUUUGCACAAUGAGUGAAACUAGCACCACUGAAGGAACAGUGGGCUGGGAGAUCAGUUCCUGGAUCAUUAAUAUGCAAAUUGUCAUGACCACCGAUCAGUGGCCAUGAGUACCAUUGACAGAGAGUUGGGGAAUGGCAUGCAUCGAGACAUUAUUGACGUGCGUUUUGCAGUUUUCCUAUGCAUUUUGGUCUUUUGUCCAUGGAAACCAUGUGGGUGCAGCAUAAUGUGAGGGUACACACCUUUAAAGGAUAUUUAGAUCUAAUGUGUGUUUCUGUAUCAUUUAGUAUCAAGUUAUUGGCAAAAUCUAAAAUUGACAAAUCUACUAGCGUGAAUCACAACGCUUCAUAUACAAGCACAGUGCUCCAUGUAUUUGCUUUGUUUUCAAAUGUACAAUCAUGUGUAAAGAAAACAGAACAUUUAGAAGACUUAUUUUGUUCAUUUGUUGCAUUUUGGAACAUAAUUAGUUACAUACACAACACUAAAACAACAGUUUGCACACUGCCAGCCUGUUACACACAGAAACUAUGACGUAUUGAGCAUGGUCUGCUGCAGGAAACUGGAUUAUCUUUUUCAGACAGCAGGCUAAAACUAUGCUGUCUCAAGCUAAUAGACUGUAAACCUAAGCUGCCCGCUGGAAGCUCAGCUUCAACAGCAGUUUCCUGUCUGACUGCCGCUCCCUGACUCAUCCACCAGUGGCUGUACUGGCGGAUGAGAGUGCAUUGUACCAUGAUGUGCUUACAGUUAAGCAUAUUCCAUAUAAAGUAGUCUCACACAUACACAAGCAUGCAUCAUUACAACCAGUAACAUGUGAUUUAAGAUGGUGCUGCAUUGUAUCUUAUGUGAUAAAAAGCAGGUUUGCUCAAAAUGUCAGACUUUUUGUGGUGUAAUCAAAUAGCAAAUCUGGAGCUCCACAGUGUGCCAGCUGUUAAUUUGUUAUCCAUUCAUCUUUGGCCCAGAACCUGCCCUAAUUCUUGUGUGGAUGUGUGAAGAUUUUUGUAGUUAUGCAUAUAAACUUACCUCAAAUGUUAGAAACAUAUGUGUGUCACAGCUACCCAUGUCAAAUAAAAAUGAAAGUCAGUUUCUGAGUUUGAAAAAUUGAAUGAUGCAGUCAAAAUAAUGUCGUCCUCACAAUGUGAAAACCUAAAAAGAAGAAUAUCUGCAAACAUGAGGGUAUCGUUCUAAAAUGCAUUUGUGAAUAACAGUAGUGAUAAAUCUGAAGGUGGUAGAAGCUUUGCUGACCACUUUGAACAGUUUUCUGGAGAAUGGAUCUCAGUUCUGAUAGUCUCAUGGAGAUACAUAUUAAUAUGGACUAUCUGUCAAUAACAUAAUUUAGCAAGAAACAUUUAUCAGUAGAGUUUGCGUAUCUUGAGUAUCUGCAGGUGGAGCCGUCGUCCUGCUUAAACCAUGUUUUGUUUUUUACUCUCCCAAUAAGCUACGACAUCUUUCAUUAAAAAUUGCUACUUUAUUGCUACUAAAUUAUCCACAUGUCAGGAGGAAGUCUCAGCAGACUGCCACUCUCCAGGGCUAAAGUGUGUUUUAAUCGAUUGCCAAGGUAACAUCCAAAAAAAGCAAAAAUGCAUCACUGUACAUAGACACAUGUAGCGCACACUAAAAUGACAAGGUCUGCAAUCAGUUUUAUUAUAUACACAGAUAGCUGUCCAUAUCUCUGAUUUAAAAUAUCUAUAUAUUCAUUUUACCAGCUGCUUUUAUUAUCCACACAGGAUAAGAAUAUUACCCAAAGCAUUGGCAGAGCUCUUCUACUGUUCAGAGAGGCAGACAUCAAGUUCCCUGUGGAGCUUUUCAUUCUUUGCAGCGUUGAAUGACGUGUUUUCUACGAUGUAUAUGUGUGUGCUCCAAAGCCAUGGUCGAAGGACAGCAUAUUCAGAAGAAAUUGUGCGUUUUGUCAUGAUGCAGCCAUGGUUUAUUGUGAUGAUGAUUCAUUUAUGUCUAAUGUACAAUUUGGUGUCUUAAAUGUGUGAUGAAAAAACUAAGAAAUAAAAGUCAUCUGCAAGCCAUAAUGUGGUCUGCUUUUCCAUCUCUAUUGUCUGUUCCUGCUACCAAUACAAAGCGAGAACGAUCAGAUGACCCCUGUGAGUCAGCACUUGGCAAUGGUGGGAAAAAGGAACUCCCUUUUUAACAGGAGGAAACCUCCAGAAAGACCGGGCUCUGGGAAGGGCAGUCAUGAGCCAGCACCAGUUGUGGGGUAAAGAGGUGCGUAGUGAAAGGAUAAGAUUGGAUUGAUAAAGAAUUUGGAGAAGAUGUUUUAUUAAUUGUGGUUUGUAAGAAAGAAUUGUUUCAUGUUUGUAACAUUUUUACCUUCAGAUAUUCAUAAAUCAAAGACUAUGUGUCACAAUUAUCCUCUUUUUUCCUGUUCUGAGGCAAUUCACAGACAAUUUCAAAGACAAGGAUGGAGCGCUUCUGUUCAGCCAGGUAGGGAGCCAGUUCUGCUGUAGCGCCUUUGAAUCUGGCCUCAAUGUUACAUAGUGAGAGCUGAAAAAAGGAUCUGUAACUGCAUCUACUGACACAUGGCUCCAGCAUAGGAAGCGCGGGAUUCCUGGUGCUGGGGCAGGCCAGCUGGGCCCAAGACCAGUCUUUGUUUACUGGAAAUGAGUACAAUGGAUUCAGGAAGGCCCACCAGCAGUGGCUGUUGGCAGAAG